GCGGCUACCUUCAACCAUCAUUGUAAAUUGUUCUUCUCGAAGCAGCUUUUCAAUUCAAAUGACUCUGAUAAUCAAUAUUGUUACUUCCAUCCAGAUAAUCAUGAAUUUUUCAUGGCUGCCGGAAAAUACGACUAUGUUAACGACAUCACUCCUGCCAAGGAAUCCUGGGACAUUGUUGUUCGAGUUGUUCGUUUAUGGUUUGUACCAGAUUUGAAUUCCAAACAAAAUUUCUAUGCAAUGGAAAUGGUUUUGAUGGAUGAACAGGGCGACAAGAUUCAGGCUUCGGUUAGGAAAGCCCUAUUGUCACGAUUUCAAUCUAAGCUGUGCGAUGGAGCUGUGUAUAAUUUGAAAUCCUUUGGUGUCGCCGCUAAUUCUGGAGCUUAUAGGACUACAAAGCACAAGUUCAAGUUGAAUUUGUAGAG